AUGACAGAGUUAAUGGAUUUAAGAAUGCAUCACCAUCUCGCUCUCCAGACAGAGAUCUAUCGGCAGCAAAUGUUGCAGCGUUUACCAGACCCCUAUCCUACGAUGUUACCGGUGCCAGCACCAAGACCACUGAUGCUGCCGCCACGCUUUCCGUUGCCGACGGAGGUGGACACCAAGCUACAGAACCGAGAGCUGUGGAGUCAGUUUCAUCGCAUCGGAACCGAGAUGAUCAUAACCAAGAGUGGACGCCGUAUGUUUCCGUCAAUGCGUCUUUCAAUCAAUGGCCUUGAAGCGGAGGAAAACUACUGCGUUCUCAUCGAAAUGGUUCCCAUCAGUGAUUGCCGUUUCAAGUUCAGCGGAUCUCAGUGGGUUCCGGCUGGCGGUGCUGAACCACAAAGUCCCCAGCGCAUGUACCUGCACCCGGACAGUCCGGCACUCGGUUCUCACUGGACUUCCCAGCCGGUUGUUUUCAACAAAGUCAAAUUAACCAACAAUACGCUGGACAGUAACGGACAUAUUGUUCUGACUAGCAUGCACAAAUACCAGCCACGAAUUCACAUAAUCAAGACUUCGGAUCCCUCGCAAAUACCAUGGUCCCCACAGUCGGCUUUCACCUUCCCGGAGACUGAGUUCGUUGCCGUCACCGCUUAUCAGAACGAUCGCAUCACCAAGCUGAAGAUCGACAACAACCCAUUCGCGAAGGGAUUCCGGGAAACAGGUCAGUCGCGCUGCAAGCGAAAAGCUGGCCUUAUGAACGCCAGCUCUCGUUCGGUCGACGAUUCCGAAGAAUCGGGCGGAGAAUCCGGUCCAGAACUGAAGCGCCAACGAACAAAUAGCGGCUCUUUGGACGAUAGUGACAUUUCAGUGAGUGAUUCGUCCAGUGGUACCAGCUCUCCGGUCAAUGUAGACGAUCUCCAUCGCAAUCCGCACGAGGAUAUGAUUCGGCCACAUCCCUACCACCAUAUGCUAAAUCCUGCGGGAAUGGCUGCCUCGGCGGCUGCUGCCAGCUGGAUGGAUCUGAUGUUCCCGUACUUCCAGCAACCACACCACCCUCUGCCAUUUUCCCACAGUCACCAUAAUCUGCACCAGCAUCUGUCCGUGUUGCCAGCGUCACCCGGCAGAUCCGUCGAGAAAUCCGUGGAUUGCUCCGGGAAAAAGCUAGGUUUCAGCAUAUCCGCCAUUCUUGGCUACGACCGGUAG